AUGCCAUCCAUUCGAGCAUCGCUUUCUCACGUCACUAUGACGGAUAAUCUCCAAGAGGAAAAAGCGUACCAGAUAUUCGCUCCUUUAGACGUGAGUAAAUAUCCUCGGACAAAUCUCCGAUUCAGAACAACGCCGGCAAUCCAAAUCCAAGAUGCUCGAGAAAGCAUAGACACUUUUGCACUGGAUGUGAAUGGCUUCCAGUUUCUACGCAGACAACAUGAAGACAGUGCAGUUCUGGACGCUGCCGUCUUUUCGAACAAGGAAGAUAGCAACAGCAUUCUACAAUACCUGCAGCAACUACAGACCCAGCUUCACCGAGACUUGGGCGCUGAGAAAGUCGUAAUAUAUGACUGGAGAUUAGCUGCGACAGCAUCAAAAAACAGCACCACAAGAGUUGAUAGCUCAAGGAGCAGAUCGAGGUCUUGUCUUAACGCCCGCUCGUCACGUUCACGCCGCUGA